CUUCCGGCCUUCCCUGUUGCCCUCCCAUUUUCCCUGUGUCAUUCGUUGUCUUCGGUUCAUCCUCUCGGCCGCCGUCUGGACUGUAGCAAGCGGUGCUGCUGUCCGCCGCGCUCCGGAGCCAUGCGGGAGGGGAUGAAGGAGAGGGACAGAGGUGGGAGCCCAGAUGCCUCGGGCCCUCCUCCCUUCCGCGGCCCGGCGUACAAGACGAAGCUGUGCGCUUUAUGGAGAGGCAGGGGCGGCUGCCCCCGCCCCAACUGCGGGUUCGCCCACGGCGAGGCUGAGCUCCGGAGGCCGCCCCCUCGCGCCUCCUUCCAGCCUCGCCCUCGGCCUGUUAUUUGGACGUUUCAUCCGAGCAAGAGAAACCAGCGCGCUCUUCUUCAAAGAGAUGCAUCUUCUGCCUGCUUGUCCAUCUUGUUAUUGGGAUGAUUGGUUGAUGAGUAGAGGCUCCAAAGUGGUGCAGCAAACCGGCAAUGUGAUCCGAAUCAUAUGUUCUCAGGAGAAGAGCUAGCAGACAGGGAAGAUAGUUGCAACUGCAAGAAUUAUAUAAUGAUAACAACUUGCAAGUGCAUCCUUGGAGGAUGUACAAAUGGGGGAUGCAGAUGUUAAUAGCUGACAGUUCUGGGAGGCUUUAUAGUUUGUACUCGUGGUUGAGAAGAAUCUACACUUCAAUUGCAUAGCAAUAUGAUGGUUUGACACCUGAAUCUUUUCUCAGUUCGUGUUAUCUCAUUUUUUUGUCUUCUGGUGCAUAUACACCACGAUUCCUGUGUGGUGGUACUUAAACUGAGUGCUUGCUGUUGCAGAACACAAAAAAAAACAUCAACAAGCCUGAUUUCAUUGCAGAUAAUCUUGGCAUUGCUGCUUAUUAUUUUGAUUUUACAAUUGUGUCUCAUGGGCAGAUUUAUUGAGACUGAGAAUUUGAGAUUGACUGCUUCCAGAGGAUGACACAUCCUAUUUCUAUCCUGGCCUUCUUUUCAGUUGACAAUUGGUCAUUUAUGUUCAAUUGAAUGCUUAACCCGCCUCAGAAGAACAUAAUAUGGAAGAUAUCAUACAUUGUAUCUUGAUGAGAUUCAUGCUAUGGUCAGUGAGCCUUAAUAAUGCUGUUAGAAGCUUUUGCAACUAAUUGAAACACGUCAUUUGAAUAUAAUGCAUAAAGCUAUAUCCGUGGCUUUAUUGUUACCUGCCCUUCAAGUAUCAUCUUUGAACAAUUUUUUUGGCAGUCAUAUGGAUAACAUCUGACCAAGUGAAAUUAAAUUUAUUUGCUGCUAUUGGAGUUUUGGCAGAUUAUGCCAUGAUGAUUGGAAAUGAUAGCUAAUUAAUUUUGGUGAUUCCAUCCAAAUUUUCUUCAGAUGAUUGGUAUUACAAGUACUGGAUCUAUUCUAAGUGGUGAAUCAUGACGUGUAAUCAUGUAUUGGCAUAUACUCUUUCAUUAGUUGUAUUGGCUCGUCUGUGUUUAUGGUCUAUGGUGUAUUGGUGUUAUUGUGGACCCUCUAAUUCUUGUAGCUAAUUGAAUAACCAUUUGGCUCAAGGUUAUGGUAAGCUUAAUGGGUUUCUGUGUUGCCUUGUAUCUGUGCAGCUCAAUCUAACUUUUGUUCUUUGAUGGCAUAAUAUUUUUGUGUAAACCUUCCACCUUCCUGAUUUAUAGGGAGAAGGGAUUACAGAGAUAAUGACUUUAGAGUUAGGCCUGAGAGAAGACACUCACCCUAUGGGAGGUUUUCCCCUGAAAGAGAUAUCAGGCGUCGUUCAUUUCGUGAUAAGAGACAGAGAGCAAGUUCUGAAGAUAGGGGAUCUAGUCAUUCAAGAUCACCUAUUAGGAAGAGUGAGAGAAAACAUAGCAAAAGUCCUGAUGGUGGAAAAACCGAUUCAUCCGUAAGUUUUAGAAGUUCAGAUAACGAAGACAAAGGAAAAGAUGAAAGGUACUUAAGCAGUGAUGAGAAAAAUGGCCGUGAAGAACAAUUGAAACAAAUGCAUCUGGACAUGGAAGCAUUGCGUGAAGAUAAAUCAAAGCUGGAGGCGAUAUUGGAGAAGAAGACUGAUGAAGAGCGCAAACUUUGUAGCAGAGUAGAAGAUCUUGAAUUGCAAUUGAACAAAGAGAAAGAUGAUUUCCAAAGGAUGACCUCCAAAACCAAAAAGCUAAUCAAAGCACAUGGGCGUUAUAUAAAAGCACAGGAGGAUUUAAAGAGGUCUCAGGCUCGCUUUGAGAGGCUAGCAGAUUUGCUUGCUUCAGAUAUUUUGAAGCCUUAUACCAAGGAGCAGGGUUCCAUCGGUAUUACUGCCAAUGACGAUCCAUAUAAUGGUAAUGAAAUGAGCCCAAGCGACCAAAGACAAAACCAUGUUUCAGCAUCGAGAAAGAGACCUAUUUCCCUCCCAAGAAGUGAAGAAGCAAAAACUGGGAAGAGACAGAGAGAGAAUGGUGAUGAUAUGAUUCCAACACCAGAGAACUAUAGACCUGAAGAUGCUCUAGAACAUGUCCAAGAUAGCAAGGGAACUGAUCGACUAGAAUCAUUUACAGUGAAGAAGUUAAGAGUGGGUGACUACGAUGAUGAAGGAAACAUUGUUUCUUCAAGCAAUAUUUUUGCGGAUAGGUACAAGGGCGAUGAUGAGGAAGUUGAUGUUGAUUAGUGACCCGAUGCCGUCGGUCGCUGAUAACGAUUUGAGCUGUACGAAGCAAUUUCAGCAGACGACAUCGAUGUCAGCUUCUAAAACUACUUGUAUGCCUUUUGCAUCGGGUAAUAGGGCCUGGUAUAUUUGGUAGCUAUUUAUGUGCUUAGACUGAGUUGUGAUGCUGUCAAACAUGAUUACAUGCGAUGCUAGAAUUUUCUUCUUUUCUGUGUUUCCUGAGACUCGAAGAGGAUAUUAAUCUGUAUUCGCCUCAUGUAUUAUUCUUAGCCAGUUUGAGUAUGAGAUUUUUGGACUGGUGUUAUUCUCAGCCUCAGGUUAGAAACACCAUGCAUCCAUGAUUCAUUUACCUAUCAUGAAAUGCAUGUGUGAUCAUUAAGCUUACUAAGGGUGUGUUUGGUUGAGGAGUGGAGAAGAAUAUGGUGGAUGGUGGCUUUAUUUC